AUGGAUGACUCAGUAAAGAAUAAGACAGAGGCAAGAGAGGUUACGAUGGGUCGACAAUCUGCUUAUGAGCCUCAUAUCACUAAAACAGAGGUACUUUCGUUACAGUCUAUGGAUAACAUAGCAUCAAAUCCAGUUUCUAGUAGUAAUAACAGAGGUACAGUUUUGGAAGAAUCUACAUUCCAGUUAAUUAAAUCAAGCACGAAGAAUAUACUAUCAAAAUAUCUAAAGUUUAUUGGCCCGGGCAUUAUGGUUGCCGUUGCGUAUAUUGAUCCAGGUAAUUAUUCUACAGCUGUAAGUGCUGGUGCAUCCAACGAAUUUUCUUUAUUGUGUAUCAUUUUAUUAUCCAAUUUCAUUGCGAUAUUUCUACAGUGUCUUUGUAUUAAGCUAGGAUCUGUGACAGGAAAGGAUCUAUCUAGAAAUUGCCAUGAACAUUUACCUAGAUGGUUAAAUUACACGAUUUAUUUCUUUGCUGAAUGUGCCAUCAUUGCAACAGAUGUUGCAGAGGUAAUUGGUACAGCAAUUGCAUUAAACAUAUUAAUUAAAGUCCCUCUUCCUGCAGGUGUGGUAAUUACAAUCGUAGAUGUCCUGACAGUUAUGAUAGCCUAUAAACCUGGUGCUUCUUCAAUGAGAUUUGUAAGGUACUUUGAAAUGGGAGUUGCAUUACUAGUCAUAGGGGUCUGUAUUUGUUUUGCCAUUGAAUUAGCCUAUAUUCCAAAAGAUACUUCUGCAAGACAUGUAUUCAGGGGAUUCGUACCAUCUAGUCAAAUGUUUGACCAUAACGGUAUGUAUACAGCUAUCUCGAUUUUAGGUGCUACUGUUAUGCCUCAUUCGUUAUUUCUAGGUUCUGGUUUGGUUCAACCAAGAUUAUUAGACUACGAUAUUGCUCAUAACAAUUUGGGAGUCUUGACAGCUGACGACGAUGGCGAAGAAGUCGAGAUUGGCAAUAGCAAUGCUGUUAAUAGAGAUGAAGAAAAAAAGAAACAUGCGUCAAGAGAAGAAUCAAUGGAGCAGAGGUAUUUUAACUAUAGACCAACCUUAAAUGCAAUUAGAUACUGCAUGAAAUAUUCAAUGGUUGAAUUGACCCUGACUCUUUUUACUUUGGCAUUAUUUGUUAAUUGUGCUAUAUUGAUAGUAUCCGGAUCUACCCUUUACAAUACACCUAAUGCUGCUGAUGCUGACCUUUAUGCAGUCCAUGAUUUAUUAUCCAAAAAUUUGGCCCCUGCUGCAGGGACUAUAUUUAUGUUAGCAUUAUUACUCAGUGGCCAAUCUGCUGGUAUUGUCUGUACAAUGGCUGGCCAAAUUGUUUGUGAAGGUCAUAUUGAUUGGAAACUGGCUCCAUGGCAAAGAAGAUUGGUAACCAGAUGCAUUUCUAUCAUCCCUUGUCUCGUGAUCUCCAUCUGUAUUGGUAAAGAAGCUAUGAACAAAGCUCUUAAUGCAUCUCAAGUGGUGUUAUCGAUUGUUUUGCCGUUUUUAGUGGCUCCUUUAAUUUAUUUUACUUGUUCUAAGAAAAUUAUGAAGACUGAUGUGACAGUUAGAGACUCUGACCUUGAUAUUACCGAACAACAUUUAACACAAGAAGAUAAAACCACAGGUACCAUAGAGAAUGAAAACGGCACAACAAUUAAAGUGGUAAAUAUGGCUAACAACUGGAUAGUCACCAUAAUUGCAGGUAUCGUGUGGGUUUUCUUAUCUCUUUUAAACGUUUAUGCAAUUGUGCAACUGGGAAUUACACAUGGAGAUAUCAGUUAA